GGCUUCCCUACGCAACGUCUCCAGUUACACCGUUUACAUCGGAACAUGAUUUACCCAUACCAUUUAUGCCAACGGCGUUGCCUCAGGUGCUGCUGGCGAUCGAGCAACGUCUGGUAUCACGUUCCACGCUCGUUUCAAUCGCCAUGGAACGGAAGCUCGUUAACAUCAGGCAUUUCUCGUUUUUUAUUUUCUUCCUAUUGAUCACGAGGGCGCGUCUUCUGGGCUUCAACGAAAAAGAUAACAUCGUUAACAACAACCACAGGGCGUGUAUGUACGUGCAAUGCGAGAACGACGACACCUGCGUGCAACGAAAAUUUCGAUGCAAGGAUCCUCCCUGUCCCAGUAUGCUUUACUGCGCGAAAUCACGAACAGAAUCCAUAAGAGGACCUUCCACGUGCGACACCGUACGCUGCAGCAUCGGAUAUGUGUGCAUGCUGAAGGUUCGACGAUGUCGUUGGGACGAAAGAUGCAAGCAACAGAUUGCAAGAUGCGUGUCCCGAAAGGAGUACCACGAGGGUCCUGCGUCCUGUGCUGGCUUCGAAUGCCCUCAAGGAAGUCAAUGCAUCCUCAGGGAGUCGUUCUGCGUCAGCCCUCCCUGUAAAUUACUUAGGAGCUGCGCCAAGAACAAAGAGGUGAACGUUUGGUUCAGUAAAUGUCGAAGUCUGGCUUGCCCGUCGGAGUACGAGUGUUUCCUGCGGAGACCAGAGAAGAACUGCUCGAAUCCACCCUGCAAACAUGCACCAGAUUGCGUAACAACGACGGAAGACGAGGUAACGAACGAACACUGUCGCGGAUGGAUAUGUCCACGGAUGCAGAAAUGCUCCGCGGAAGUUUCAGAACCUUGCAACGCGGCGGACUGUAACGUUCGGAGAACCUGCAACGAAGAACUACGAAAUUACUCUUCACCUCUCUCGAGAAGAUCGACGAUGGAUAACGUAGAUCAGCUUACAAUACCUCCUCAAGUUGACGUGAAGAUAGCUGGAAACACCAGCCAGGAAAAUAUUGACGAAAAAACGAGAAUGCCGCAUUCGUGGUUGAAUCACCUGAAUUCGAAGACCGAAUUGGACGCCAUUGAGCUCUGGAUACAAAACGCCCAGGGACAACGAGAUUUCAAGCGAUUCCAAGAUUGGCUUCGAACCGUCAAGGAUGUACUCGGUUCUGGAGCGUACGCUGCAUGGAUCAAGGAAACUCUUGCCUCGACGUCGCGCGGCGAGGAAUUUCGUAAAUGGCUGCGAGCGUCGCACGUUCACGGAUCCCUCAACGUCGAUAAGCUCGAUAGCGAAAAACCGAUAUUUCCGGGAAGAGAACGACCGCGGAACGAAGUGCCACACUCUCUGACGGAAAAUCGAUUACCCAUUCAUGAUACGUUGACGACACUUUCACCGGACGAUUUGGCUAGAAGAAUGGACGAAAUUAACUCUCUUCUAAGAGAACAGAAUCUAACGAGUGUGACGGAAAGACUUCUUGUUCCAAACAAGAUUAUGCUGCCGGCCUACAGCGCUUUCGAGGCAGCUCUGUUGAACAGUUUGAGGGAGUCCAACCUCUUCCCUUAUUUUAAUCCUGUUCGAAAGGACCCCGUGUAUAAAGAGGAGGUAGUUGUACCUCACCAAUUACCAAAGAUCGCGAACACCCACGGGCAAUCGUACUACGUGUUUCCUGUGGAGAACGUCGAAGGACCAGGCAGCACCCAGGCCAUCGAUCGUGACUUCGAUCCACGCCACACUUCGCCGAAUGGGGAAAUAAUCCCAGAAGAUAGGAAAGAACCCAACGAGCAGGAAAAUAAUUUCUUUUUCAACUACGAUUCGAGCCCAGUGAUCCACGUUCCCGAUCACGAAGAUGUUGCAAACAGGAACUUCAAAGGCAUACCAGACAAAAUUUCUUUUUAUGGCCACGACACAGGGACCUUCACAGAUAAUUCCGAACCAAUAUUCAACAGGCUUUUUUCCGAUAAAUUAGGUGAUAGUCGCACUUUUAGCGACUCGAGUGAACCAAGCAUUGAUCUACCAUUGAUUCAAAGCACAGACGAAGACGAGGAUGAAUUGGCUCUCGAUAUAUUCCUCGAACAGAACAAGGAGACCCUCUUGCCUUACCUGCAAACCCUAAUGGAGGCACUGGACCUAGAGGAAUCUACUUCGAACAGCUCAGAACUGAGCAGCGAUGGAAGUUCGGUGAAAAAUACAUUCGUGGACAACAAAGAGCUUCGAGACUACCAGAAAACCUUUGAGAAGACCGUCAUCUCUUCGACAAUUAAACCGAAGAACAUUUCAUGUGAUCAGAAGUCAUCGAACGAAGGCACUGUUCAUGCCUCGCUGAGAACAUCCGAUUCGGAUCUUCCCAGAGAUAACAAUCUUGAAAUGCCUCGAUAUCUAGACAAACGAAUUCCAUCGACUAUGGAUCCUCAGCAGGAAAAGGAUCCAAGGACACGCGAACCGAUUUACGGAGACGAAGACUCCAAGUUUCGAUUCUUUUACGACGUACCGAGUUAUGGUGCUGGCGAGAACGUUGCUGGCGAAGAUUACGACUACGAGGUUGAUAGUAGAAGUCACGUUGCAGAGGGUCGUGACGUGGAAUCCGCCACGAAUCACGGAAAACAUCAUUGAAACAAUAUUUCAUUAAAACAUAACAAUUAGUAAAUAUAUUAAUUAGUUAAUAAAAUGUUUUAUUCGUGCUUCCCUAAAUUUAGAGGCACGUUAAAGAAACGAUUUAGGAAAUUAUCAACUCGACUUCAAAACUGUUUCACGUACACCAAAAUGAACGACGAAAGAAUGGUAAGAAAGUUUACGUAACACGAGGAAUAUAUUUCCAUGCCGUCAUUAAUUCUCUGUCAUUAAGUUUCCCAUGUUACACAUCCGCGACCGCGGGAAUUACUUUCUUUCUGUCAUUA